AUGUUGAGCGUCUUGAACAGAGCCGCCGCGGGGCGCGCGCUGUCCGCCGCAGCCUUCCCGACCACCUCCCGUAUUGUUGUUCCCAUCUUCACCGCGCCGCGCGUGCGACGCCGGCUCGCGCCCAUUGCCCGAAGCUUCACCGCGUCCGCCCGUGUUCGCUUCCCCGCGACGGCGGCGUCCGACAAGCCCAAGAAGGCAAAGACGACAACGACUGCCGCCAAGAAGCCCGCAGCGAAGAAGAAGAAGGCCGCCGCGGCGCCCAAGAAGAAGAAGCCUGCGGCCAAGAAGAAGCCCGUGGUCAAGAAGAAGAAGGUGCUGACGCCGGAGCAAAAGGAGAAGAAGCAGCUGUCGCAGCUGCGCGUGAUGGCGCUGCCCAAGGCGCCCAAGGGCAAGCCGUCCAAUCUCUGGACCGUCUUCCUCGCCGACAACGUGACGCGCGGCACCGGUGUGUCCCUGACGGACAAGGUCAAGGACGUGGCAGUCGAGUUCAAGAACCUCUCUGAGCACGAAAAGGCGCGUCUCACCGAGCGCGCCCAUGAAAACGCCGCGACCAACAAGCAGGCCCUGAAGCAGUGGAUCGAGACGUACCCGGCCGAGGCCAUCUACAUGGCCAACCUGGCCCGCCGCCGCCUCGCGCGCAAGCUCGACAAGAAGCGCCCCGCGCUCCUGCAAGACGACCGCCUCCCCAAGGCCGCGCCCAGCGCCUACUCGCUCUUCAUCAAGUCCCGUCACGACCAGGUCUCCGCCGCCUCGCCCACCGACGCCUUCCGCCAGCUCGCGCAGCAGUGGAAGGCCCUCCCCGAGGCGGAGCGCCAGCAGUUCAAGGCCGCCGCCAGUGCGGAUCUGGAGAAGAUGCGCCAGUCCACCGAGGACCUCCGCGCCAAGGGCAAGGCCUACUGGGCCGCCAAUGGCCUAUAA